AUGGCGGUAAUGUUAGAAUGCAUUCCAGACGCACAACGCCAUACCGCACAGAACUUAGCUGAUUUAAUCAAAAAAAUUUGUACCGAAUGGAAUGUUAUUGAAAAAGUAGUGUCAGUUACUGCUGACAUUGCUAAUAACAUCCAAGCUGCCAUUUCUUUAUUAAAAUGGAAGCAAGUACCGUGUUUUGCUCACACAUUAAAUUUAAUUGUUCAAGCAGGUUUAACAGAACUUAAGGCAAUUCAAAUUAAAGUUAAAAGCAUUGUGGAACUUUUCCAAAGAAGUAUUUUGGCUAGUGAGCGCUUAACAGCCAUGCAAAAGCAGCUAGGGGAAAAACAGCUAAAAGUGAAACAAGACGUCAUAACACGGUGGAACUCUACGUUCGAUAUGUUCGAGAGGAUUUUAGAGAUAAAAAGAAGUGUGAUUUCCACCAUUGCAACCGAUUAUCCCAACACGCCAAAUUUGACCCCCGACGACAUAGAAAUUUUGUCAAAAUGUUGUGAUUUGUUACGACACUUUAAAUCAGUAACUGAAAUUAUGAGUGCAGAAAAGCAUGUAACUGUAUCGCAAAUAAUAGUUUUAGCGAAUUUGCUCAAAAAAAAGUGCGAGGCGUUCACCACUCAAGACAUUCCCCAAACAGUAAUUGAAACGGCGAAGCGGUUCGUUACUGACAUAUGA